GAGCAGCGGGCCGAGGCGUGCGGUUGCUGCUGCCGCUGCCGCCGCCUCCGGAGCAGCGAGAGCCGCCGGCGGAGCGGGGGGUGCCCGGCCCGCGGCGCCGUCCGUGCUGGUUGCAGUACUUGUGAAAAUUGCUCACCUGCAGGAAACAUGAGGUCGCAGUACGUCACGGUGCCCACAGUCAUCCUCCUUCUUUUCCUGCUGUGGAUCCAGUCAUCAACAGGCUGCAACAAGGCUCUCUGUGCUAGUGAUGUCAGCAAAUGCCUGAUACAGGAGCUGUGUCAGUGCCGCCCUGGGGAAGGGAACUGCUCCUGCUGUAAGGAGUGCAUGCUCUGCCUGGGCACACUCUGGGAUGAGUGCUGUGACUGUGUUGGUAUGUGCAAUCCUCGCAAUUACAGCGACACACCUCCAACAUCUAAGAGCACUGUUGAGGAGCUGCAUGAACCAAUCCCUUCCCUUUUCCGGGCACUGACAGAAGGGGAUACUCAGCUGAACUGGAACAUCGUUUCCUUCCCUGUGGCAGAAGAACUGUCCCACCACGAGAACCUUGUUUCCUUUUUAGAAACGGUGAACCAGCCACAGCAUCAGAAUGUCUCUGUUCCAAGCAACAAUGUCCACACGCCUUACUCUAGUGACAAAGAGCACAUGUGUACUGUGGUGUAUUUUGAUGACUGCAUGUCAAUACAUCAGUGCAAGAUCUCUUGUGAGUCCAUGGGAGCAUCCAAAUACCGAUGGUUCCACAACGCCUGCUGUGAGUGUAUCGGGCCAGAAUGCAUCGACUAUGGCAGUAAAACUGUAAAAUGUAUGAACUGCAUGUUUUGAAGCAGGAAGUUUCUAAUAUAGCAAUACUGAGGCCAAAGUAGUCUCUCUCAGCUAAAGAAGGAGAUGAGGAUUGCAAAUACUGCAUUUUGAUGGAGUGCCUACCGGUUGCAAUUAAAUGUAUCUGGUUCAAAAAGAAAAAGAUGUAUAAAAUCUGAAAAGUGGUUUUUUUCUUUUUUUUUUUUUUUAAUUAAUGUAAGCAAGGCUAAGUAGUAGAUUUUUCAACACUAUGUUUUGUUUUCCUUUAUUUUUCUUCUAAUGGUACAGCCAUGCUCAUCCUUCCAUUUUGAUUGUUUUCCUUUUAUUUGAAAGUACUGACUAUAUUGGUUUUCAGAAUGUAGUGCUAUAUUUCAUAGUUUAGAGUACGAAAUCCUUAAGAAUAUGGUAAUGAGAUUCCCAUAAUCUCAGUCAGCAAAUAAUUAAAUGGCUGCUAGGUUGGAGGAGGGAGUGUUUUUGGAGGGAUUUAUUUUCUGGUUUUGUCUUUUAUACUUCAUUACCUUUCAGUUUUUGAGCUUAGCCUUUUAUUGUGAAAAUGGGAUUUUGGGAAAAAGAAACAUUCAUGCUUUCUCUUCAAGUUCAAUGCAUGGGCUGUUAUGGAUAAAAUCCUAACUUCUUAGAAGGGCUGCCCAACAAAACACUUAUCUUCCAAGUUUCAUUUGCCCUGCUCUCAUAAGUACAUUGGGGCCUGUAUUGCAUAAUUUAUAUAUUAAAAAAUAAUAUUUUCAGUCUUCUCAUAGAUAUCGAAUUAAAGGUGUUAAAUACAGUUGCAUCUCCCUCCUUUUGCACAGUUUUCUAGGGUGCUGACUCCCUGAACUUUUGGUCUGGUUUGGAUUUAAUGACUAAAUGGAUAAAGAAGAAAGAAACAACAUAAACUAGCAAGUGGUAUAAGGUUACUAGUUGAGCAGCUAGCAGCAGGCGUGUUCCCUUUUAGUAGUUUGUUGUGAAUAUUUAUUCAAAACACAUUUUUUUUUCCAUGAAAUGUUGUCACUGAGGAAGGGAAGAUGUGUCCGCACAGGCAAAAUCAGGAUUUUCUGAGUUCAGAACACUCUGUCCAUUUUUCUGAAUAAGAAUUUUAAUAUGUUGACAGCUUCAUAGCAAUUAUUCUGACCCAGUUAGGUCUCCACUGAUAAUGGUACUAAGUACAAGAAUAAAGCGUAUGUGUAGUUAAUGAUCAGCUUUUGGUAUUUAUAAUGAUGUGGGUUUUAACUCCUUGGAUUUUUUUUACUGCAUAGAUAUCCAUAUGCACACACAAAAAAGAUUUUGACUAUUCGUAUUUCUCUCACUAACCUCAGCCUAGAGGUAUUAAACUGUUUUCUAGUCACACCUGUCUAUCUGUACCAUGUACAAAUGAAAGCAGUCAUUUUAAAUGUAUUCUGUUGAAAAGUUUGCCUGAAUGUUUUUUUUAUUUUUUUUCUUAUGAUACAGUUCUUUCAAUAAGAUGAAAUAAUAAUAAUUUAAAAAUCUACUCUUGUGAAAUAACGUUACAUUUUCCAGUCUCUUUCAGCUCUAAGGAAGUACUUGAAAGAUUAAUGCUUAUUGUUUUGGAUUAGUGGGUAAAGGAAUACCGUCAUACUUCAAACUUGCAAUUAAGUGAUUGAAAAUUGUAGACAUGAAUAGAAAAACCUAUCUUAUCAUGAAGGAGUUGUUCUUCCCAUAUUUGACAACUCACGUUAUCUUUUCUUCUGCCUGAGUUUCUGAAAAUGAAAGGAGAAAAAGAAUAUGUCAGUGCAGCUGCAUCUGUUUUUAGCUGGAGAGUGAUGCAUCAUCGUUCUUUGUAGUGAAAUGAGGCAACCAGGUGCCACUAAUUGCCAGAGAGUGGCAUGAGCUUGUGUCAAGCCCACCUGUGCCUGAUUAGGGUGGGCCCCCAAUGCACAUGAGCAGGAUUAGGGGGCCAAUAAAAGGUGAGGCCUGAAGCACAAGCUCAGCUCAGUCCUGAGCACGUCUGCAGAGAGGUCAGUUGCUCUUGGAGCUCUGUAUUCCUUUUAUUGGUCCCCCUGGUACUGCUCAUGUGCAGUGGGGGCCCACCCUAAUUAGGCACAGGUGGGCUUAACACAAGCUCAUGCUCACUCCCUGGCAAUUAGUGGCACCUGGUUGCCUCAUUUCACUACAGUUCUUGACCAAGACAGGAGCAAGCAAGCAAGCAAGCGCUGCUAGAGGUCACUAGCAUGCUUUGGAUUCUUGCAGUGUUAAGUUAUUGGAAACAUGAUGGUAGCUCAGAAUCAUCUUGAGGUAAAAACAGGGCUGGUGUUUUGGGUUUCACACUGUUGACCUCUGACACUGUCUCCAUUGAUAUGAUCAGAGUUUCAGGUCAAGGGUUGGGGGAGCUGUAGGGACAGUGGGACUGGCCCCACAGGUGACCAGUGAACACUGGGGGGAACAGCACAGAAGCAUAAACACAGGUGUCUGUGUAAUGGCCAGAGAGUAGGUAGUGAGGGCACACACUUUCUGGGGCUUGCCUUUUUUUUUUUUUUUUUGUAAUUCCUGAUGUUGUCUAGAGUUUGCUGUAACCAUUGUGUGUAUGCAAAUGCCAUACAGCAGCAGCCAGUGUAUUUUAUUAUGAUGAGUGUUUUAAGAGGUAUUUUAAUAAAAAUACAUUACUGGUU